AUGGAAUUGGCCGGGGAGCCCAGCAUCUCUCGUGACGACGCCUCUUGUAUGCUUAUUUCGAAGCCCUACUACGCGAUUCUCAUGAAUUCAAGUAGGUCUCAUGGACUUGGGGGCUUCAACCCAGCAGGAGGCGGCUUCAACACAGCAGGAGGCGGCAGCAGCCUGGACAAUAGAGGAGACGGCGGUUUUUACCUAGGAGGAAGCGGCUUCAACACAGCAGGAAGCGGCUUACAAACAGCAGGAGGCGGCAGCAGCUUGGACAAUAGAGGAGAUGCCGGCUUCGACUUUGGAGAAGACGGCGGCUUUUACAUAGGAGGAAGCGGCUUCAACUUAGAAGGAAGCGGUUUCAGUUUGGGAGGAAGCGGCUUCAAUUUUGAAGAGGACGGCAGCUUAAACUGUAGAGGAUUGCGAUUCUCAUGGAUUCAAGUAGGUCUCAUAGACUUCACUUCAAGUUGA